AUGAAUUUGAUCUUUGCUUAUUUAGAGAAUAAUGAUAACGGCAUUACAGCAGAUGAACGUGUUGGUAUCAUUGUUGGUAGCGUUUUUGGUGGACUAUUGAUUCUCAUUUGUUUAAUUGUUCUUUGCAUCAUAGCUUAUCGCCGUGGUGUUUAUUACCGCAAAGACAAACCUUUUCGUUCUAAUAAAGCAUACAUUUAUAAUGGAGUUCCUUUUCAUAACGAUAUAGGCAAUGCUAUGUUUCAGACUAAUACUUUUACUGGUUUUUACUUCAAAGAUGGUAUAUGGUAUGAACCUCACAAUGUUAUACUUUCAUUCUAUCCUCAAGCUGAUUACAUUGUAUAUGGUAAAGGAAGAGAUAGUUUUGGUGUAUAUGUUGCUAAAGGAGUCUAUUCACCAAGUACUCUUCGAAUGGCUUUUGAUAAAUAUUAUGAAACAGGAUUAGGAAAUAUACAACAAAAUCAGAAUGGAAAAGUGACUGUUCAAGUUAAAUGGAAUCCUUUUAGACAAAAUUUUGAAGGUGCCCAUUAUUUAAUAGAAGAAAGACAUGUCGAAGAACAACCGUAUCUGAUGCAAAUAACAAAUCCACAAUAUUUUUAA